AUGAUCUCCACAAGGCUUGCGCGCAUCGGUGCGCUGCUUCUCGGGACUAGGGGUAUGGCCACCGUCAACCCUCUUGACCAGAAGGUCGAGAUGUGCAAUACCGAGAAGGGUAACUACAUCAACUACAAGAAGAUGUCCGAGAACUUGGACAUCGUUCGCGCUCGUCUGAGCCGCCCUCUCACAUACGCCGAGAAGGUUCUGUACUCUCAUCUUGACGAUCCUCAUGGCCAGGACAUCGAGCGUGGCAAGUCCUACCUCAAGCUGCGCCCCGAUCGUGUUGCUUGCCAGGAUGCUACUGCCCAGAUGGCCAUUCUGCAGUUCAUGUCCGCUGGCAUGCCCGCCGUCGCUACCCCCACCACCGUCCACUGCGACCACUUGAUUGAGGCCCAGCUUGGUGGCGAGAAGGAUCUUGCUCGUGCCAACAAGAUCAACAAGGAAGUUUACGACUUCCUUGCCAGUGCUACCGCCAAGUACAACAUUGGUUUCUGGAAGCCUGGCUCUGGUAUUAUUCACCAGAUUAUCCUCGAGAACUACGCCUUCCCCGGUGGUCUUAUGAUCGGUACCGACUCUCACACCCCUAACGCUGGUGGUCUUGCUAUUGCCGCCAUCGGUGUUGGUGGUGCUGAUGCUGUCGACGUCAUGGCUGGUCUUCCUUGGGAACUGAAAGCCCCCAAGGUCAUUGGUGUCAAGCUCACCGGUGAGCUGAGCGGAUGGGCCACCCCUAAGGAUAUUAUCCUCAAGGUUGCUGGUUUGCUUACCGUCAAGGGUGGUACUGGUGCUAUCAUUGAAUACCACGGACCCGGUGUUGACUCUCUUUCUUGCACUGGUAUGGCCACCAUCUGUAACAUGGGUGCUGAGAUUGGUGCCACCACCUCUCUCUUCCCCUUCAACGACCGCAUGUACGAGUACCUGAAGGCUACCAAGCGUGAGCGCAUUGGUGACUUUGCUCGCUCCUAUGCCAAGGAUCUCCGCGAGGAUGAGGGUGCUGAGUACGAUCAGCUUAUCGAGAUCAACCUUUCUGAGCUCGAGCCCCACAUCAACGGUCCCUUCACUCCCGAUCUUGCCACCCCCAUCUCCAAGUUCAGGGACGCUGUCAAGGCCAAUGGCUGGCCCGAGGAACUGAAGGUUGGUCUGAUUGGUUCUUGCACCAACUCUUCCUACGAGGAUAUGUCCCGUGCGGCCUCCAUUGCCCAGGAUGCUCUUGACCACGGCCUGAAGGCCAAGUCCCUCUUUACCAUCACCCCCGGUUCCGAACAGAUUCGUGCCACCGUCUCUCGCGAUGGUCAGCUCAAGACCCUGGAAGAAUACGGUGGUGUUAUCCUUGCCAACGCCUGCGGUCCCUGUAUCGGACAGUGGGACCGCAAGGACGUGAAGAAGGGUACUGCUAACUCUAUCAUCUCUUCUUACAACCGUAACUUCACUGGUCGUAACGAUGCCAACCCUGCUACCCAUGCCUUCGUCGCUUCCCCCGAUCUCGUCGUCGCCAUGACCGUCGCAGGUACCCUCAACUUCAACCCUCUCACCGACACCCUCAAGGAUAAGGACGGCAAGGAAUUCAAGCUCAAGGCCCCUACUGGUGCUGGUCUUCCUUCCCUCGGCUAUGACCCAGGCCGUGACACCUACCAGGCUCCUCCUGCUGACCGCAGCACUGUUGAAGUCGCUGUCUCCCCCUCUUCUGACCGUCUCCAGCUUCUUGCUGGAUUCGACGCUUGGGAUGGAAAGGAUGCCACCAACAUUCCUAUCCUGAUCAAGUGCAAGGGCAAGACUACCACCGAUCACAUUUCCAUGGCUGGCCCAUGGCUCAAGUACCGUGGACAUCUUGACAACAUCUCCAACAACAUGCUGAUCGGUGCUGUCAACGCCGAGAACGGUGAGGCCAACAAGGUCAAGAACGCCUUCACUGGUGCUUAUGAUGCUGUUCCCGCUACCGCCCGUGACUACAAGGCUCGCGGUAUUAAGUGGGUCGUCAUUGGUGACUGGAACUAUGGUGAGGGUAGCUCUCGUGAGCAUGCUGCUCUUGAGCCCCGCCACCUUGGUGGUCUUGCCAUCAUCACUCGCAGCUUUGCCCGUAUUCACGAAACCAACCUGAAGAAGCAGGGUAUGCUUCCUCUGACCUUCUCCGACCCCGCCGACUACGACAAGAUCAAGCCCGAUGACACCGUUGACCUGCUCUGCACUGAGAUUGCUGUCGAUAAGCCCAUGACUCUCCGUGUCCACCCCAAGGAUGGCGCUUCCUUUGACGUCAAGCUCUCCCACACCUUCAACGAGUCCCAGAUUGAGUGGUUCAAGGACGGCUCCGCCCUCAACACCAUGGCUCGCAAGUCUGGCAAAUAA